AUUUAACCAUUGGGAACAAGGCAACUAGCGUAUGGCAGCAGGAAUCCAACCGGUGCCCUGAGUGCUGAGGCAGAGAGGAGGACAGAAGAAACAAGAGGCUGGAGAUUGUCAAAUUCAGUAUUCCAGUUGGCUCUUGAUUCUUGGUGAAACCAUCCCACAGCUCCUAGAGGGAGAUUGUUAGAUCAUGAAACUAAUUACCAUCCUUUUCCUCUGCUCCAGGCUGCUACUAAGUUUAACCCAGGAAUCACAGUCCGAGGAAAUUGACUGCAAUGAUAAGGAUUUAUUUAAAGCUGUGGAUGCUGCUCUGAAGAAAUAUAACAGUCAAAACCAAAGUAACAACCAGUUUGUAUUGUACCGCAUAACUGAAGUCACUAAGACGGUUGGCUCUGACACGUUUUAUUCCUUCAAGUACGAAAUCAAGGAGGGGGAUUGUCCUGUUCAAAGUGGCAAAACCUGGCAGGACUGUGACUACAAGGAUGCUGCAGAAGCAGCCACUGCAGAGUGCACCGCAACUGUGGCGAAGAGGGGCAGCAAGAAAUUCUCCGUGGCUACCCAGACCUGCCGGAUGACUCCAGCCGAGGGCCCUGUGGUGACAGCCCAGUACGACUGCCUCGGCUGUGUGCAUCCUGUAUCAACGCAGAGCCCAGACCUGGAGCCCAUUCUGAGACAUGGCAUUCAGUACUUUAACAACAACACUCAACAUUCCUCCCUCUUCACGCUUAAUGAAGUAAAACGGGCCCAAAGACAGGUGGUGGCUGGAUUGAACUUUCAAAUUACCUACUCAAUUGUGCAAACGAAUUGUUCCAAAGAGAAUUUUCUGUUCUUAACUCCAGACUGCAAGUCCCUUUGGAAUGGUGAUACCGGUGAAUGUACAGAUAAUGCAUACAUCGAUAUUCAGCUACGAAUUGCUUCCUUCUCACAGAAAUGUGACAUUUAUCCAGGGGAGGAUUUUGUACAACCACCUACCAAGAUUUGCGUGGGCUGCCCCAGAGAUAUACCCACCAACAGCCCAGAGCUGGAGGAGACACUGACUCACACCAUCACAAAGCUUAAUGCAGAGAAUAACGCAACUUUCUAUUUCAAGAUUGACAAUGUGAAAAAAGCGAGAGUACAGGUGGUGGCUGGCAAGAAAUAUUUUAUUGACUUCGUGGCCAGGGAAACCACGUGUUCCAAGGAAAGUAAUGAAGAGUUGACCGAAAGCUGUGAGACCAAAAAACUUGGCCAAAGCCUAGAUUGCAAUGCUGAAGUUUAUGUGGUACCCUGGGAGAAAAAAAUUUACCCUACUGUCAACUGUCAACCACUGGGAAUGAUCUCACUGAUGAAAAGGCCUCCAGGUUUUUCACCUUUCCGAUCAUCACAAAUAGGGGAAAUAAAAGAAGGAACAACUGUAAGUCCACCCCACACUUCCAUGGCACCUGCACAAGAUGAAGAGCGGGAUUCAGGAAAAGAACAAGGGCAUACUCAUAGACAUGACUGGGGCCAUGAAAAACAAAGAAAACAUAAUCUUGGCCUCGGCCAUAAACAUGAAGGUGACCAAGGGCAUGGGCACCAAAGAGGACAUGGCCUUGGCCGUGGACACCAACAACAGCAUGGUCUUGGUCAUGGACGUAAGUUCAAACUUGAUGAUGAUCUUGAACACCAAGGGGGCCAUGUUCUUGACCAUGGACAUAAGCAUAAGCAUGGUCAUGGCCAUGGAAAACAUAAAAAUAAAGGCAAAAAGAAUGGAAAGCACAAUGGUUGGAAAACAGAGCAUUUGGCAAGCUCUUCUGAAGAUAGCACUACACCUUCUGCACAGACACAAGAGAAGACAGAAGGGCCAACCCCCAUCCCUUCCCUAGCCCAGCCAGGUGUAACAGUUACCUUUUCUGACUUUCAGGACUCUGAUCUCAUUGCAACUAUGAUGCCUCCUAUACCACCGCCUCCCACAGAGAGUGAUGAUGAUUGGAUCCCUGAUAUCCAGAUAGACCCAAAUGGCCUUUCAUUUAACCCGAUAUCAGAUUUUCCAGACACAACCUCCCCAAAAUGUCCUGGACGCCCCUGGAAGUCAGUUAGUGAAAUUAAUCCAACCACACAAAUGAAAGAAUCCUAUUUCAAUCUUGCUGAUGCCCUUUCUUAAUUUAUGCGGCUAUGGGUAUUUCUUUCAUACUUUAUUAAAGUAUCAAUAUCCCUCUCUCCAUUGUCCAGAUGAAAAUAUCCUGAUAUAAUGCACCAAAAACCGUGCAGCUUUGGAACAGUCUAAAGAGAAGUGGUGAGACUCCCAAUGGGGACAGCAUCAGUCUCCAGGGACUGCAUAAAAUUGUGUGCCACAAUUCUAAAUCUUUUCUGAAUCUUCUUCCCAAGUUUUCUAAACUAGCACAGUAAACGGACAAACUAAUGUGCCUUAUGGCCCGCCACAAUUGGCUUCUUUGAUAACAAAUAUGUACCUUACAACGUAUGGCAUGAAUUUGCACACAAAGAUUCUUGACAUUCUUAAUAAACUGUGACACCUGGUAUUUGAGUGUUUGUGAAAAUAAGGGAAGUCAAGAGAUUAAAUGCUGAACUUAUUAAUGGAAUAGAAAUAAUAAGAAGGCUGAGGCUGGAGAAUUGCUUGAACCCGGGAGGUGGAGGUUGCAGUGAGCCGAGAUCAUGCCACUGUGCUCCAGCCUGGGCAACAGGGCAAGACUCUGUCUCAAAAAAAAAAAAAAAAAAAAAAGAAAUAAUAAGAAAAACUUCCAGAUUUCAAAGAGAAGUAACAAGAAAGAAAGGUUGGCCAAAGGGAGGAAAGGGGGGACAUAAAUUAAUUGACUUUCUAUUCCCAAAAUGGGCUAGUUAUAUCAAAUAAGUACUCCCACUGCCCUUUCUGAGUGAGAGUGUCUCUCAUAAGUCAACAAUUUCUGCUUACUCAUUAACUACUCUUUGCAACAGGCUUUCAUAUAGGAGUAUUCUGUUUAUUUUUGCUGAGCCUAGAUUGAGUAAUUCUUAGUUUACAGAAGCUCCGAGCUUAAUGAUAACGAUGAAAAGCAGAGGGAGCAAUAUAGAAGCAGGCUUGCUAAUAAAACUUCUUAAAUAAUUGACAAGGGAAUAUUAUGGAAUGUGAUGCAAAGU